GUGAGGGGCGGCCGCCCCCUGCGGUAGGAAUCAUUGCUCUUAUUAUAUAUGUAGAGCUAACUUCAAGUCCUUGGUCAAUCUGAUCAUCCAACCCUCACUAUGACCGUCGCUGUCCCGUCUGCAAGUCAGUGGGGAUCCCCUACUGCAAGCAGGAGAGCACUCCUCAUACAUGGCUCAAAUUCGUCUUCGCACACGUUCCACCGUGUUGCAUCGGCACUGGCAGCCAAAGGAUACUUUGUCAUUGCUCCAAACCUUACUGGACAUGUUCUUAGGCAGCCUAGGGUUGACUUUCAAGUCCAGGCAUCGGCAAAUGACCUCGUGCCCUAUCUUCAAGCUGCUGAGUAUGAUAUCGUCAUUGGCCACUCAAUGGGUGGGCUCGUAGUAUUAUCGCUUCUCAAGUUCCUGUCAAAAACUAGGCCUACUUCGGUGGUUCUCGUCGACUCACUUGUGGAGUUGACUGCAGAGCAGAUAGCGCAUCGGAGAGACAUGUCUUCCAGUGAUGCCACAACUAACCCCACCGCAGAAGAUUAUAUGGCAUUGAAUCCUCUAUGGACGAGAGAGGAUGCCAUUUGGAGAGUGUUGGGGACCCGUAUUGGUAGGGUUAAUCAUGAUUAUCACAUGAACGGCAAUGUGCCAUGGUCAUUUUCGCAUAUGUUCGCCCACAAGCCUGCUGCUGCCGCAUUGACGUUUCUGAUCGCGGAUCCGCGACUUGGUGAUGCUUCGAAGUUGGAGACUGUUGCAAAAUUCAAAGACGUUAGAGCUGUGAUCGUUCCGAAUGCCUCACACUGGAUACAGUAUGAAUUCCCGGAAGUGAUUCUCUUGCCAGCCACACACAGCUUCAUGUAUUACAUCUCAAUUUCUUGGGGAUCGCCUCAUCAGUGGGGAUCCCCUUCUGCCAGCAGGAGAGCACUUCUCAUACAUGGCUUAAACUCGUCUUCGCACACGUUCCACCGUCGCUUACCUUUUCACAACAUCAUAGGAUAUUUGGUCAUUGCUCCAAACCUUCCUGGGCAUGCUCUCAGGGAGCCUGCAGUUGAUUUCCAAGUCCAGACAUUGGCAAAUGACCUCUUACCCUACCUUCAGGCUGCUGAGUAUGAUAUCGUCAUUGGCCACUCAAUGGGUGGGCUCGUAGUAUUAUCGCUUCUCAAGUACCUGCCAAAAACUAGGCCCACUUCUGUGGUUCUUGUCGACUCAUCUGUGGAGUUGACCGCAGAGCAGAUAGCGCAUCGGAGAGACAUGUCUUCCAAUGAUGCCAAAACUAACCCCACCGCAGAAGAUUAUAUGGCAUUGAAUCCUCUAUGGACGAGAGAGGAUGCCAUUUGGAGAGUGUUGGGGAUCCCGCUCCAGAAUCAUAACGGUGUUGAUGGUUUUCCACAGGGCAACGUACCAUGGUCAUUUUCGCAUUUGUUCGCCGACAAGCCUGCUGCUGCCGCAUUGACGUUUUUGAUCGCGGAUCCGCGAUUUGGUGAUACUUCAAAGCUGGAGAUUGCUGCAAAAUUCAAAGACGUUAGAGCAGUGAUCGUUCCGAAUGCCUCGCACUGGAUACAGUAUGAAUUCCCGGAAGUGAUUGUUGAAGAGGCGCUAAGGAACAUCAAAGAGUAA